AUGCCUUCGGACGCUGCCCCGCCAGCCUACUCGGCCGCACCCGCUGCGUCCAUGUACACGCCAGAGAACAUGGUGCGGGACGACGACGCGUACUAUUUCCUGUUCUUGUUCGACACCAUCUUUCUCAUCGAUGAUUCCUCGUCCAUGCUCGGCCCUAGGUGGCGCGAGGUCCAGGCCGCCCUGCAGCAGAUCACACCCGUCUGUACCAGUCACGACGACGACGGCGUCGACCUGUACUUCAUGAACCACCAGUCCCAAAACUCCUCCCUGAGCAAAGCAAGCUCCGGGUAUUACGGCCUGACGGAUCCUGCCGCCGUCGACGAUUUGUUCAGGGCCGUUCGGCCGUGCGGCCCGACGCCGACGCGAAGCAGGAUCGAGCACAUCCUAGAGCCCUACUUUGAUAUCCUCGCCCGCGCAGAAGAUGUCCAGGAUGUCAAGCCGCUGAACCUGAUAGUCAUCACCGAUGGCAUGCCCGGGCCCGCACGAUCAUCCGGGAACCCUCACCUUCCCGAGCCCGCCAUCGUCGGCUAUGCACGGAGGCUCGACGAGCUGGGCGCUCCCGACUACCAAGUUGGCAUCCAGUUUAUCCAGGUUGGCGACGACCCACUUGCUACCCUCAGCCUUCAGGAGCUCGACGACGGGCUUUCUCAAAAGCACGGCGUCAGGGACAUGGUGGACACGCUGAAAUACGGUGAUGGUAACUACAAGACGCUGACGGCCGACGAGAUCCUCAAGGCUGUUCUCGGUGGCGUCAACAAGCGGCUGGACAACCAGAGGGCCAGGUCUGGCGUCAGUACUAUGCGUUGA